AUGUCCGAGUCAGUUGAGUCAGAUAAGAUGGUAACCUUGAUGAGUUCUGACGGAGAAACUUUUGAGGUUGAUGAAGCUGUUGCGCUACAAUCUGGCACGAUUAAGCAUAUGAUUGAAGAUGGUUGUGCUGAUAAUGCUUUACUUAUACCAAACGUGACAAGCAAUAUCUUGGCUAAAGUUAUAGAGUAUUGCAAGAAACACGUCGAAGGAGAAACCCAUCAAGGAGAUGAUCAUCGUCGGCGACGUACUGUGGAGGAAGAUCUUAAGAACUGGGAUGCUGAGUUUAUUAUUAAGGUCGAUGACUACAUCCUGUUCGAUCUUAUCUUAGCAGCAAAUUAUCUGAACAUCAAGGGCUUGUUGGAUCUGACUACCCAGAAAGUUGCGGAUACGAUCAAGGGUAAGACAUCAGAGCAGAUCCGCAAGUAUUUCUACAUUAAGAAUGACUUCACCCCAGAGGAAGAAGACAAGGUCAGAAAGGAGUACGAAUGGGCUUUCGAAUGA